AUGGAAAGCGUGAGGAAUCUCAAGACGCCAAAGAACGACAGGCAAGGGUUUAUCUCGCGCGCGCGCGAGAACGUCGAUCAAACCGUCGCAUGCCGCAUUCCAACCCCAGACCAAGUCACACCCCCUUAUCCCACCGUACCCAAAGAGUCCCAAUCCCUACAAGGCGCAAGACGCAGCUGUGUCAUGCCAAAUAUUCUAGACAAAUCCCACCGUGUUAAGCGUGGGACUCUUCUGCUUCGACGACGAAUUAGUCUCGCCCUAGCUCCCCGGCCCGCACCACCCAACCGCCCCAUCAGGCGAUCCAGAAAUUCUUCAACUGCCGAAAGCAGACACCAGCAUCACAGACCAUGGGCUUUUUCCAAGGUUCGAUAUCCUAGCUCCCGGUCUCGCGGCGACGAACGUUUGUCAGGUGGAAACAUGACACGCCCGUGCUUGGGAGAAAGGGGAACUUGGGCGAACAUGGGAGAGGCCUCUUCCGCCCCCGGCGGGCGGGAUGUGGAGGGAGACACACACCCACUUUGCCCAGAGACAGUAUCGUACACUCGUGUCUGGGUCUGUCUCUCCAGUGUCACUGGCGUAGUUGAUCAUCGUCGCGGGUGUCGUGCGAUUGGCGGUUCGCCUGAUGCGACGGAUCCGUCCAGGCACGUCUCCGAUUCGAGUACAAGCACACAAGACCAGACGCAACUAGGGUUACUACAGAUCUAA